ACACAAGUUCUGUAGUCUGACACUGAGAGACAAGACAUCAGCGGGAGAAAGAGACGCAGCACAGAUAUUGAAAGCGGUGCAGAGAAAGGUGCACCUUCAGACACUGAGGGAGAAAUCAGAGCUAGACAGAAUGACCCCCAGGGAGAGAAUGAGGCUGAGGAAGCUGCAGGCUGCCGACGACAAGGCCAGGAGGCUUAGGAGACUUGCUGAGGAGAAAUACCAGGAAAACCACUUCCGAAUGCAGGAGCUGAGGAGCCGCCAUUUCGAGAAAGUCAGUUUGGACGUCUUGAAUGAGAGUGCAGGAGAUGCAGCCCACCAGACUACACCAAUCACAGCUGAGGACUACCGGUCGCUGGGUUGCUCACAACCAAAGGGAAGGCAGCAGCAGGACAUGAUGCGAAUGUCUGAGCCAGUAGGGCGUGAGAUCCCAGAGGACCCUCAGACUGCAGAGGUGUAUUAUUACAUGGAUGGAUUUGAGUCCUGCACUGAUGAAGAGGAGGAGGAAAGAGAGGAAGGGGACACCGUGACCUCAGAAACCCUCUGUCAUACCUAUGGACAGGAGCUGGCGUCCUCUUAUGAGCGGUCCCGUAAGGAUUAUUCCUGCGAGGUUCGCACUCUUUGCCACCUGGUGUGCGAGCCCGGCGAGACCCUGCCGCUGGUUACCUGGAGGACGCCCGCGGUCGGAGUGCCUUCUUCCUCUCGACGCGGCGAGUUCUUUUUUGUUAAGAAGAAGGGCGGCCUCUGCGCCCGCGUGGGUUAUCGAGGGCUGAAUGACAUAGCG